AAAUAUGUAUAAUAAUUAUCUCUUCCGCUUCAUUUUUCUUUUAAUAUUCCUCAGCUUUUCAUUUUCUCAGCUUCUAAUAAAAUUAAAAUUUCAGAAUCAAUUUGGAAGCAAAACAAUAGCUAACAACAACAUUUCCGGUGCCCAACAAAAUUUAUUAAACAUUCAAAACAUCUACAACAAUCCUUCUUUAAUGAAUAUCAUUUUUGGAAGCAAUUCAAUUUUUAAUUUUCCUUCAUUUCAACAGCCUUCAAUACAAAUUCCACAAAAUAAAAAUACAGAAAUUUUAGCUAAUUCAGAAAUUAUUACCCUUCCCCCAACUUCUACAACUAUUAUUUCGCCCAAAUUUCUUCCUCCAACUCUUAUAUUUGCUGGCCAGAGCAAUAAUGCAAAAAUUCAUCAAAAAGAAAAAUUUCAAAUAUGCGGCCUACAGGCAACAAAAAGAUCAAAAACAGAAGAAGGAAGAAAGGUAGCUAGGAGGAAUAGAACAGCUUUUACAGAUUCACAAUUGGAGGUACUAGAUAUAAUUUAUUCCUAA